AUGACUGGCAUUGAAACCAGAGGCGCGCAGUAUCUCGACACUCUAGAAGUUGAGCGCGAACGGGGCAUCACCAUCAAAGCACAGAGUUGUAGCAUAUUAUACGACAACCCCAAGGACGGCCUCACGUAUUUGCUCAACCUCAUCGACACGCCGGGCCAUACAGACUUUCAAUAUGAAGUGGCGCGAUCCUUGUCGGCUUGCCAGGGCGCGAUACUUCUGGUGGACGCGUUACAAGGAGUUCAGGCGCAGACGGUAGCUAAUUUUUAUUUGGCUUUCAUGCAACAGGGCUUGGAGGUUAUCGGUGCACUCAAUAAAAUUGACAUCGAACAUGUAGACCUGUCGAGUAGUAGGGCUCAAUUGGCUAGUCUGAUGGACACGGACGAAUCAGCGAUCUUGGGGGUGUCAGCGAAGACGGGGAAAAACGUCGAUAAAUUAUUAGAGGCGAUCAUCGACCGAAUUCCGCCGCCCCAACCGGAUGCUAGUCCUUGCGCACAGCAGGCAAAAGCACCCCUUCGAGCGUUAUUGCUGGAUAUGUGGUUCGACAGAAAUAGGGGCGCGGUGCUUCUGGUUUACCUCACGAAUGGGUCUCUGAAAAAAGGAGAAAUGCUCGAGCUGAAACAUGCGGGACGAAAGAUGACCGCGUCCGACGUUGGAGUCAUGCACCCUAAUUUAACGCCGCUCGAUUCUCUACACCGAGGCCAGCUCGGGUACAUUACGUGUAAUCGAAACCAAGAUAUCCGAGGGCUCCGAGUUGGUGACACGAUCAGCAGAGUUGGUGACACAGUUGAUGUGUUUCCUGGCUUUCAACCGGCCAGGAGUAUGGUUCGCCGAGGCGUGCAGCUCUCGUAUGAGCUCAUCGAUCCGACACGAGCCAUGUUCAAAUUCGAGCUGCCCUUGUCAGAAAUCAUAGUUGAUUUCGCUGACAAGAUUCUCCAACUCUCGCACGGAUAUGCAUCGUUUGUUUACGAACAUCGCGGUACUCGUGAUACCGAUCUGAGAAAAGUGGAAAUUAAAAUCAACGGCGAUCCCGCUGAAGCUCUGAGUUUUAUUUGUCGACAUGACGCAAUACGGGAGGUAGCAGGGAAGAUGCUGAGAAAACUUAAGGAACAUAUUUCACCACAUGCGUUCGAAAUCAAUCUACAAGGUUGCGUCGGUGGUAAAGUUUUGGUAUCUGAGAAAAUCGGCAAGCAAAAGAAGAGCGCGAUCGCGAAGGAUCACAGCGUUGCGGGUGAUCCGACGAGGAAGAUGAAGUUGAUAAAAGAAGCUAAAGAACGCGAGAAGAAGUUGAAGCAAAUUGGAAGAAUAAAAGUUCCACCAGAAGCUUUCAUGCAGAUUGUGAGACUCGACUGA